GGGGCAGCGCGGGCAGCGCGGCGGAGGCAGUUCACUGGACAGAUAAGAUGGCUGCUCUGGAGAAACAGCCAGACCUGAGGCUCCAGCAGAACAAUUCACCGGAUCCCAGCACCAGUCAAAAGAGUAAUUUCCUGGAGACUGACUGGAAAACACCCAUGUUGUCUGUGAAGUUCCAGAGCUGUGUCAGCCGCAGUUCAAGUGUGGCUGACAGCGGGGAUGGGGGCAUUGGGACCUCCUGCUCAGACAGUACAGAAGACUUUUGCAAUUCCAGUAACGGUUCCUCAUUCCAGCCCAUCAAAGCCCAAGUGACCAUCCCAACAGCCCAUGUAAUGCCUUCUACUUUGGGUGCCUCACCCUCCAAGCUGUGUCCUGCAGGAGACCAGAGCUGUUUACAGAAUCCAUCAAAACCUGCUAUGCCAGGAUCUGCUGCUUCUGAACACACAGGGCUCAUGAGGAAUGGAGACUUUAAUUCUGGGAAGUCUUCUCAGGUGCCACCCAGGGAUCUCCUGCACCUCUACAGGACUUCAGGGGAAAAUGGUUUUGAGCAACCCUGGCAUCCUGUUUCUGAUCACAUGAAAGCAGAAGACACUUGGAAGUUUGACACCCCUGCCAUUGAGCGCACCCUUAACCAGUCUCUCUUUCUGGAUAAUUUGUGCACUGACCCUCUCCACAGGUUCCAGAAGUUCAGUCCCAAUUCUGGGGCAGCUGAGGCAGGAAAGGACCAUUAUAAGGUGCUGCCAGAGAGUAAGCAAGCAGCAGGGGCUAAUGGAGUCUGUGAGCCCCAGGAUGGGACAUGGCCAAGCGGGAACAGACUGAUGCCAACGGGACUGCAGGCCAACAAUUUCUAUUCACAGCCUCUAAGUCCUCCAUCUCGAGCAUGGAUGCAAGACACCUGCACACUACACCCACAUGAGAGGGUCUGUGAGCUCAGUGCUUGGAAACAGCAGCUGGACAAAAUGCGAUUGCAAAUGGAGCAAAUGCAGUUACAAAAUGGAGGUGCCUGCCACCAUCCCUCCAUGUAUUCUGCUUCGCUGCCUACUCCUGAUCCAGCUCAGUGGAUCAAUAUCCUGAACACCAAUGAAAACCUACUCAAGGAGAAAGAAGUCCUCAUUGAUAGGCAAAGACAAUACAUCUCACAGUUGGAGCAGAAGGUCAGGGAAAGUGAACUACAGGUUCACAGUGCCCUGCUUGGCUGCCCAGCCACCUAUGGAGAUGUCUACAUGUUGAGAAUGCAGGAGCUGCAGCGGGAGAACACAUUUCUUCGAGCACAGUUCACAGAGAAGACUGAAUCCCUCAGUAAGGAAAAGAUUGAAUUGCAGAGAAAACUGGCUGCUGCAGAGGCGGAUGCAAAGCUGAUCCGGGAGUCACUGAAGGAAACUAUGCAGAAACGUGCAGAGGAGUUAAAAAAACAGGAAGAAAGGGUAAAGGGAAGAGACAAACACAUUAAUAACCUUAAAAAGAAAUGCCAGAAGGAAUCUGAACAAAAAAGAGAGAGACAACAGAGAAUUGAGACCCUGGAACGAUAUUUGGCUGAUCUACCAACCCUUGAGGACCACCAGAAACAGAGUCAGAAGCUGAAGGAAUCUGAAUUGAAGAGUACUGCUAUGCAAGAAACAGUGCUGGCACUGGAAACAGAGCUUGGAGAUGUCCGGGCUGCUUUCAGGGAGCAAGAGGUGCAGCUGGAAACCCAAAAACACAAGGAGCUGGAGCUUCUUUCUACUGUGCGCAGCUUGCAGGACAAGGUGCAGCAGUGUGUGAAGAAUGCAAAGAGAGGAGCCCCAGCCCAGGAUGGGGAGAGACAGAGGAUAGAAACUGACUCUCUGAAGAAAGAAUGUGACCGCCUCAGGAAGAUUGUGGACAAACAGCAGAAGAAGGCAGAGGAGUUGUCCUUGCAAGUAAAGAACCUGGAAGAACAGGUGACCCAGGAAGAGGGGACAAGCCAAGCUCUGAAAGAGGAGGCGGUGAGAAGAGAGAAUGCACUGCAGCAGCUCCGGACUGCUGUGAAAGAGCUGUCAGUGCAGAACCAGGAUCUCAUUGAGAAGAACCUGACCCUUCAGGAACGGCUGCGUCAAGCAGAGCUAACAACCCAGCCACUGCCUGCUGAGACAGCCCGCCUGGCCCAGGACCUGCACAGUGAGCUGGCCAGUUGUCUGCAGGAUUUGCAGUCUGUCUACAGCAUUGUCACUCAGAGGGCUCAGGGCAAGGAUCCCAACCUCUCUCUGCUCCUGGGAAUUCGCUCUGUGCAGUACUCUGCUAAGGAGAAGGAUGACUUACUGAGCCCUGAUGGACUUGCAAAGAAACUGGUGGAGGUAAAACAGCUUCACAAAGAGGUGGAGGACUUAAGGACGGCAAUAUCUGACAGAUACGCUCAGGACAUGGGAGACAACUGCAUCACCCAGUAAAGAAUACUCCCAAAGUAAGACAGGAAAUGAAGACUUGAAACUCUCAGGAGUCUAGAGCUCCUACAACUCAAAACCUAUUCAGCACUUUACCAUCCCUUUGCUCGGGUACAAGAUGUGUGACUUAUCCAAUCCAUGAGAAUCCAGGGGGUUUGUUUGCCACAAGUGUUCAGCUGAACUGGAAUCGUUCAAGGCUUUGGUGUCAGGCUUUGCAGUAGCUUUGAUCUUGUGGAAUGUGUUUAUGCUGUGUUUGCUGGAGCUGGUGUGGUCUCUGAUGCUGGGAGAUGAAUUCUAAACUGCCUUCCAGGCAUGUCAAAUGCUGAACAUGCAAAUGUGACAGUUAAAAUGAUUGCUAAAAGGAAAUGGAUGCCCUGGUUUUCCUGAUAAAUUCUCUGGGCAGAUCCUGUGUGACUAGGAAGACUAGAGGAUUAUUGGGGUGUUCAGGGACUAUUUGUGGAGCAGGACCUGCUUUCCUCAGGUAAACACAUCUGGAGUCUUUCAGUAGUCAAGAGGAGUUGGGGAAUAAAGCAACACUAAAGGAAGACUCUGAAAAUACUCCCCAUGGGCACUGAUACCCCAGAAGCCUUAAGCUUUUUAUCCCCCCAAAAUAGCACUCUGUGGGUAUGAUUCAGGCUGCAGAGGAAGCAGGUUGAUGCUGAAGUGCCUUAAUGAGAAACCUCUAUCCCCAUGCUAAUGCAUCUGCUGGCAAGGGGAGAAACUGCUGUUUCUUGUAGCCACCUUUAGAACCAUCCAGAGGCUCUGCACUGCAGGUGACCUGCCCAGGGCAGUGGGGAUGUGCACCUCUGCUUGGCCCUCAGCUUGCUAGGGAGAAAGCCAUUCUGGUCCUACCAUGGCAGGAUGGCACCGCUGGAUCUGCAAGCUCUUCCUGCUGCCUGCAAGGCACUGACCACUUGGCCUUUGUUGUAGCCAUGCCCCUUGAUCUCUGGGAGCUCCCUGCUCCUCUGCUAAAUAAUGGGAUUUCUAAAUAAAUCUGUAUGGGAUGUGAUCUGCUUUAUCACAACCCUCAGUAACCUAGUGAUACCUCCACAGCACUUGCUUGUGCCAAUGCUGUGGUGCUGUGAGUGGAACUUACUUGGUUUAUCAGCUUGAGAUAAGAGCAGGAUAGUCAGUCAGCUGUACUGCAGGAGAGAAAAUACUGCUGAAACUCCUGUUGGUUGUUUCUUGGUUCAUGUUGGGGCUGCAGGCCCUAGGUUUGGGAGAGAUGCGUUUGGUGUUCCUCUUCUUUAAGACCAAAUCUGUUUUGUUCUUAGUUCUUUGUUUGGCCACGGUUGGUGAUAUUGGCAGGGAAGUGGUUAGUUUGCUGUCCUGAGCUACCUCCUGCAUGGCACAGGGAGAGAACACAGCCAUGUCUGCCCUGUUCUGUCUGCAUCGGGUGUAUUACAUUUCAGGCUGUUUCUGUUCCCAGGAUGCUGCUGCCGUGUACUGAGCUAAAUGUGGGCCAAGACUAUUUCCUAAGGUCGUUUGUCCUGGCUGCUGGGAGCUCUCUAGGCACUGGGGUGCAGAGCAGCACCAGCUGUGAGUCACUCUCAGCAGGGUGCUGUUUGGCACCAUCCCCUUUCCCUGCUGUAGGGUGCAAGAUCCCAGGUGCUGUGCAGGGCCACGAUUGCCCUCUGUGCAAUGAGAUCCCGGCUGAAACCAGCUCAGUUGAUGCUCGGAGCCUUCAGCCUGGCCCUGUCCCAGCAUCUGAGGGACCCAGGGUUGUGUGCUCCUCUCUCCUCCUCCUGCACUGGACCCCUGUGGCUAAGGUGGUGACUCUGCCUGCUGUACACGGCUGCUGCUCUCUGUGCAGGGGAAACUCGGGGCCUCUUUUUUACAGAGCACCCCAGAGGGGCAGCAGGACCCCAUUCUCCCCCCGUUCGCCUGUUUCCCUGCGUCUCCCGCAUCGCGUCGGGCUCUGUGUAUUUCUACCGGCCUUUGUCUCGCCCGCUUGUUUGUACUGACUGUUUUGAGUAUAAAAUAAAGCCGCUCUGCUCCA